CAGUUCAACUGGUUCCAGCAGUGGUACCCGGUGGCCGCCCUGGACGCACUCGACCCCACCAGGCCGCACGCCUUCACCCUCCUGGGCCAGGAUCUCGUGUUGUGGCGGGAUGGCUCCGGCCGGUGGAGGGCGUUCAAGGACGCGUGUCCGCACAGGCUAGCCCCGCUGUCCGAGGGCCGCAUUGAGAAGGACGGCACCCUGCUGUGCGCCUACCAUGCAUGGAGGUUCGACGGAUCGGGGGCUUGUACGGCAAUGCCAUUCUGCAGUCCCGACGACCCAGGUCGCCGCAACCCGCGCAGCUGCGCCGUGUCGUACCCCGCCCUGGAGCGGGGGGGCCUGCUGUGGGUGUGGGCACAGGGGGGCCCGGGGGCGGAGGAGGCGGCGGCA